AUGUACCCGGCAGGCCACCCUACCGCCGCCGCCGGUGGAGUCGGCGGAAGCGACCCAUCUAAAGCGAACAUUCAAGUGCCUGUGCUGUCACCCCAGGAAGUACCUACCCCCGCGCGCAGUGAGGUGGAAUCCAUCUCGCUAGCCUCCAGGGUCAGCGAGUUCUGGCCUGAUCAGCCACGGGUCUGGUUCGUCAGGACUGAGGCGAUCCUAGGGCCACAGAAGUUGAGCGACGAGGCUCGCUUCGAUCUAGUUGUGCAGAAGCUGGGCAAGGACGUCGUCAACCACGUCACCGACAUCCUGAUCAAUCCGCCACCAACUAAGAAGUUCGACACCUUGAAGCAGCGUCUUCUUGCGAUCUACGAGGAGUCGCACAAUCGCCAGAUCGAGAAGGUGAUCAGCGAGUUCGAGCUGGGCGAUCAGAAGCCGUCCCAGCUACUACGGCGCAUGCGAGAAAAGGCGAUGAACAAGUUCCCGGACGAAACCCUCAGCGUGAUCUGGCAGAACCGUCUGCCCAAACAGGUGCGCGCAGUCCUCGCAGUUUCAGCGGUGACCGACCUCGAGGACCUGGCAGCCGUCGCUGAUAAGGUGAUGGAAGCUACAGGAAGCCAGCACGUAUCGGUCGUGUCGCAGCCGCAGCAACCCAGCACAUCAUUCGACGUCUCUCUCGUGAUGGCCGAGAUUGCGAAGAUAAACGUGAAGCUGUCGGAAUGUAUCAAGCGAUAA